UCUACCCUCCAUAAUAAAAACAAAAGUCUGCCUUGUAUAAAAAAUCACAUCUUGCAACUGGAAUUACUGAAUUGAUAAUACAUUUACUCUUGCUACAUAAUUUUAGUACGUCAUGGCGAAGAAUAUUUACUGUGUAACUCGUGCUUUUAUGCGCCACACACAAAAUCAUUCCAUUAGAUUUUAUAGCAGAUGGAUGCACAGAAAUCCGGCUAAGGUUAUGUUACCAUUCGAACAUGAAUCAAAAGUUGGCAUUAAAAAAGAAAAGGUUAUAGAAUUGGGCCCUGAUGCAUUGAAAAAGGUUAAAAAUGAGCCAAUUACUCCAAUAGUAAAGGCUCACUCUUUAACAAAUAGCACAUCGAUGGCGCAAGAAAAGUCACAAGAAAUUAAAGGAAAAAGAGAAACCAUGUUAAAGAAAAGAAAAUUUUAUUUAAGCCAAAGAAAAGUCUUCGACGAUAAAGGUGAAAUUAUUUAUGAAAAGCUAAAGGAGAAUGAUGGCAGGAUAAGCUCUCUUCUGGUUAAACUGAAGUCAAAAAAAGAAAGGCUACGAACUGGACAGAUGUUUGUAGAGGGAUGGCGGUUAAUAGUGGAUGGCCUAGAAGCAAAAUGCAACUUAAAGUAUGUCAUAUUUAGUCGAGUGGAAGACCUUGAACACCUAAAAUCAUACCUGCCAAAGACAGGGGUUCAAUUUUUUAAGAUCCCAUAUAAAGAGAUAGGAAUGUGGUCGGAUGUAGAAACUCCAUCGGGAAUAUUUGGUGUGUUUGAAAUGCCCACAACAAAUAAUAUCAAAACCUUUUCAAAACCUAUACCGCUGCAGUUCAUUUGUGAUAAUGUACGCACACCUGGAAACCUUGGUGCAAUACUUAGAGCCGCUGUGGGGGUUGGUUGUGAAAAAGUUCUUCUUACAAAAGGCUGCGUCGACCUUUGGGAUCCAAAGGUUAUAAGAAGUGCAUCUGGUGCACACUUCAGACAACAUAUAUACUCCUCAAUAGACUGGGAAGAAAUGCCUAAACUAUUGGAACCAAAUACAUCAUUGUUCAUAGCAGACAGCAAUACGAGGAUGUUGAGGGAAGAAGGCACAAAGGAAGAUGAAAUGUUAGACAACCUUGUGCCAGUUCUGCCAUAUUACAGUGUUGAUUUUGGAAAUAUUCAGCAUGUAACACUUGUAAUAGGUGGGGAGACUGAAGGGAUUAGUGAAGACAGCUACAAGUUUGCAGCGAGCAGAAAUGGCCUCCGAUUACAUAUUCCACUUCAACAAGGAGUUGACAGUCUGAACACAGGAAUGGCGGCAGCAGUUAUAGCUUUCGAAAUACGUAAACAAUUUAUACAAGCUUGGACAAAGGUGAAACUAGAAACACAAAAAAUAAAAGUAAUUUAAUUGUAUAUUGCAUUGUACUGUAGAUAUAGAGUAGUGUGUUUAGUAUGAAUAAAUGUUGAAA